AUGGACGAGCUUUUUGGUGGGAUCGACGGUAGAUGCAGGGUUUCUAUAACAGAUUCAACCAUGAUGUGGAUUGUGCACCAAGCAAUGGAUAAAGCACACGAGAAAGUAAAAUCCAAAGAAGGGGUUGUGGAGCGCUUGAAUGAGAUAUCAAAGUUCUACGAGUUGGCUGUAAUGCAGCUAGAAGGGUGUCUCAAGUUUGUGCAAGAGGAGACAGAUAGCUGCAUUCUUGAGAGCAAUCAUGAGGAAGUGCUCGCAGAUUUGAAAGAAUUCAGAGACCGCCUUCAUGGGCGUCUUAGGGAAUCCGAGCUGGCUAUAUCAGACAAAGACAGAGAGUUGACAGAGAGAGUAAAGAAUGAAAUGAAGCUUAGGCAAGCUUUGGAGCUGAAAGAAAGAGAGGUGGUUUCCUUGCGUGCUGAUCUUGAGAUUGAAAGGAAAAAGAGUGAGGGAAUUGAGGAGUUUGUUGAAGACAGAGAUAUUGGUGAGUUUUGUGAGCUGAAGAACUCAGUGGAUCAACAGGUGUGGAAUAUCAAACAAAAACUUGAGCCUGAUAGUUAUCAACUUAUAGAUGAGGAAAGAAGCAGAGGCAUUGACAACAAAAGGAUUGAACAGAUGGGAUUGGAUAUAGACAUGUUGAAGGAAACUUUAGAUAUUGCUUUUGAAAAGAUGCAGAGGGCUAUUUUUUCGUCUGAGAUGGGGCCCUUAGAGCAACAAUGGAGAUGGUCUGUAGAGAAAGAUACCAUAUCUAUAUUUAUUAAAGGCUUAAUGAGUAGUAUCCAAGAUACCAUCAUGAUUGAUAAGGUUUCAGUUUCUUAUGCAGUAAAAGAUCAAGAGGAAGAACUGAAACAAGAAAAAGAAGAUGCAAAUUUGCAAACCAUGAUAAUAGAGGAGGCCUAUGUUACCCUUCUCAAAGGUUUUAUGAAAGAAUUUUUCAUUGAAUUAUGUGAUUAUGAUUUGGAGUGCCUGAUAAGUGAGGGUAUAUAUAAAGGGUUUUUCAGGGAAACGAUUAUACAGUGGAAUGAGAACUUUGAAAGCAGCAAAAUUGAAGCCCAGAUCAGAGAAGAGAUAUAUUCCUUUGUCUUUGGUGAGAGCAUCAAAAGUAUUGUUGACACUGCAAGUACUUCUGCAUCAAGUCAAAGUCAAGAGUUCAAACUUCCAGAUGAUUUUCUCCAUGACUUCCCAAAUAGUAUGGAGUUUUUCCAAGUUGCAGAAGGUCUAGGAAGGGAGGAUGCUUGUAUGCUUUUACUUAGGGAGAUGGUGAAGCAAUUGAAGAUGGACAUAGAUGCUCAUAAUAUGGAGAAUCUGAUCAGGGAAGAUAUAUAUCAGUAUGUCAUUGUUGAGGCAGCCAAAGAUGCCUUUAUCUUACUUAGAGAAGCUGAGCCUGGAAUCCAAGACUAUAUCACGGGAGACAAGUCAUAUAAUGGUGAUCAAUCAAAGGAACAAACAGAAAACCUUAACCGUGUGGGCUUGAAGAGUGAAGAGAUGGAAGAGCAGGAGAUUCUUGAAGAGCAGAAUAUUGAUGAGGAACAUGCUUUCAGCUCAGUAAGUAACAAGCUAGAGAAGGCCUUGCACCAGCUGGUGAGGAGUAAGGUAAUAUUAGGGGAGUUUGGGGGUAGUUUAGGCAUCACAGUUGGUGAUUUAGAAAAGGUUCAUGCACAUGCUGGAGGCCAUGAAGAGGGGGAAUUAGAUGAAUCUGAUUCUGUCUUCUCACCUCUCCCAGUAUUACUGCAAGUGCUUGUGAAUUUUGAGCGUGUAGUACACCAAAAAUUAGGAAUGAACAUUUUGAGGUUGGAAGAGGUGAAGUACAAUUUAGAUCCCCUUGUUGAGCUUGUUGCUUCGCUGAGAACUAAGGAAUUGCUUUACAGGAAGGCAUUUGUUAGGAGAUGCCACAAUCUGCACAAGUCUGAACUUGAGGUAGAUUUGCUAGGUGAUCAAGUGGAUGUGCUUCUGGGCCUACUUGAGAAGAUAUACACAACUCUGCAUCACCAUUCACCAGCUUUGCAGCAGUACUUUGAGGUCUCAGACAUUUUGAAUCUGAUUAAGAAAGAACUAACAGGAGGAGGUGUUCAUAGACCCAAUUAUGAGAUACGAACUUUGCGCCCAACUUGUCCCGUCACCGAGUCCGAAUGCUCCGCCAAAUACUACUUCUCCUCCGCCACUUCCACCACUACCACCACCCAGUCAAUCGCCACCAGGGGCUCUGCCGCCAGGGAGUACUCCCCCGCCUCCACCACCAUCCAAUCAUCAAGAGGCUCCGCCACCAUUAUCCCAAGCAAGAUUUUCUUCUCGGGGACGGAGUGCCGGACAGAAGGCGGGAAUAGCGAUUGGAGUGUUGCUUGGGGUAGGAGCCUUGGUGUUGGGAGUGCUGGUGUACAAGAAACGGCGCUCUAA